AUGUACAACACCAUACCUUUAAUCCAAUCAUUGAUAGAUCUUCCAAAUAGUAUUUCUGAUCCCACCUAUUAUAUGCUUCUUUUGAUGAAAGUUAAUCGAAAGAAGAAGAAGAAACAUGUCUCACCGGUUGGAGCUGGAGUUUGCAAGAUAGUCUAUGAGAGACUAAAGUUAAAGAAUAAGGCAGUUAUGUUCAUAGUACCAGUAAUAAUUACUGAACACUCUUGGUUUCUGUACCGAAGUCUUGGAAAUCUGGACGAAAAAGAUGUAAGGACAAUUGAAAUCUUUUUACAAUUAUUUGGUAUGGACAAACUGAAAGGUUCAGACGACUCUGACCGGCUAGUCUUCUUCUAUUGGACUGGAACUUAA